UUUUUUUGACUGGCUACGAGCUUUGCAACUAUGAAAAUCUUCAUCGCGUUAGCUGUGUUGUACUUCACAGCUUGUGCCGCUGAAAAAAAAAUCGUGUGCUAUUUUCAAUCUUGGUCGGUUUAUCGUAAAGGAAAUGGAAAAUUUGGUAUAGAAAAAAUCGACCCGAAACUCUGCACUCAUUUGAUUUACACCUUCGUCGGAAUAAAAGGCAGCGAAGUAAAAAUCCUGGACCCGUGGCAAGACACCCCUAAUGACUACGGCAAGGACGGGUUCGGAAGGUUCAACAAGCUCAAGCUCAAGAACCCUGCCUUGAAAACUCUGGUAGCAAUCGGCGGGUGGAAUGAAGGAUCCACCAAGUACUCAAUAAUGGCGAGCAAUCCUAGAUCCAGAGAGCGCUUCGCUGAUAACGCAGUCGCGUUUGUCAAGAAGUGGGGCUUCGAUGGGUUCGACCUGGACUGGGAGUACCCGGCCCAGCGAGGUGGCUCGCCGAAUGACGUUAAAAACUUCGUCAAGCUUGUUAAAGUCCUGGGGAAGAAAUUACACAGUCAAGGGUUGUUACUUUCUGCUGCUGUUGCUGCUGCAAAAUCUUCAGCUUCGCAGUCUUAUGAUAUUGCUAAGAUAAGUAAACAUCUGGACUUUAUUAAUUUGAUGGCCUACGAUUUUCAUGGACCCUGGGAUCCCAUAACGGGACUCAAUGCCCCUUUGCACGCGGGUAGAGGCGAUCAAGAUCGCGACUUUAAUUCUGAAGCUGCAGUGAACUACUGGUUAUCCAAAGGCGCUCCUAAGGAGAAACUGAUCCUUGGAGUUCCAACUUACGGCCGCACAUUUACCCUCUCAAACCCCAGAAACAACGGACUAGGAGCCGCUACUUCAGGGCCUGGAAACGCUGGACCCUACACUAAGGAGGCAGGAUACCUGGGAUACCAAGAAAUCUGCGAGAUGCAGAAAAAAGGCGGCUGGAAAGUCUCCUACGACAAAGAAAGAAAAGCUGCGUCGGCCUACAAAGGCAAUCAGUGGGUCGGAUUCGACAACGUAAAGUCGAUCAAGGCCAAGGCUGAGUUCGUCAAGAAAAUGGGUCUAGGUGGCGCCAUGGUCUGGGCUAUAGACGUUGAUGACUUCAACGGCGUCUGUGGAGAAAAAUAUCCCUUGGUAAAAACUCUCAAUGCUGUUCUACGUGGUGGUAAAGAAAUGUCCCAGAAAGAACCUGCCGAGGUUGAUAAUUCUCAGGAAGAUGAACCUGACCUAGAUGAUUCUCAGAACAAUGAGCCUGAACAACCAACUUCAGUUUCUAAGGAUGUGUGUACUAAAGUUGGGAACAUCCCAGACUCUUCUUCCUGUGGGUAUUUUGCUUGUACUCAUGAUGGUCGUGGAGGAUUUUUUAAGUAUUCUUUACCUUGUCAACCUGGCCUUUGCUACAAUUAUAAGAAGGAUCAGUGUGAUUACAAAUAG